AUGCUCAAAAAAUACCUCUUGUAAUGCAACUCGAAAGACUAUUUCUAAUAAAAAAGAGUACAUACAAAAGACUCUGAAUACACUAGACAUUUUGAGUAGCAUGUAGAUCUUAUAUAUUAUAAUAAAGAAUUAUGUAAAGAGGAACAUACAAACGGAAACAAAACCAGCAUUAAAACCAAUUGACAUGGAAGAAACAAGAAAAGAGGAGAUUUCUAAGUUUCGUUCUAUAUCACUUUAUAAUAAGAAACCACUUCGAAUACCAUCUUCAGCAGAAAAAUGUCGCUCUAAUGAGAAAAUUAAAGUUUUUAAUAUUUUCAAUAGUACUCCAAGAAAUGUUAAACCUAGUAGAUCAUAAUAAAUGUUGAAUGGAUUCAAAGAAAAAGUAGUCUAUUCAUCUCAUAAUCGUGUAAUUAAAUUAUCAAUAAUUUUAGUAAUCAUCUGCUACUAAAUAUCCAAUCUCAAGUAGAAUUAAUGAUUCAUAAGAAAUAUUAUAAUAAGCAAAUAAACCAAAUAUGAUUCCAUUAAGAAGAUUUUUUAAAGAUAAUCAAGUCUAGUAGCAUAAUAAUAUAAAAUUGGAAUUAGAAAAACAUAAAAAUAACAAUAUAUUGGAAUUAUUACUCUUAACUACAGGAGAAUUGAAGAAAAAGUUUCAAGAAGAACAUAAGUAACGAGAUAGCAAUAGUAGAUAAAACUCAGAAGAAAGAGUAAGGAUUAAAGUGAGAAAUAGCCAUAAAUUUCCAAAGGAUUUUUUUCUAUGA